GAUCACUGAGACCUGGAAAUGGCCCUGAGAUUUUACUGGGUCAGGGGCCCACUCAGCAGCCUCCACAGCAGCAUCGAGUACUUCAGCAGUUACAGCAGGGAGACUGGAGAUUGCAGCAGCUUCAUCUGCAGCAUCGUCAUCCUCAGCAGCAGCAGCAGCAGCUACUUCAGGAUGCUUAUAUGCAGCAGUAUCAACAUGCAGUGCAACAGCAACAGAUACUUCAACAACAGUUUUUAAUGCAUUCAGUAUAUCAGCCGCAACCUUCCGCAUCACAGUAUCCUACAAUGAUGCAGCAGUAUCAGCAGGCUUUCUUGCAGCAGCAAAUGCUAGCUCAGCAUCAGCAGUCUCAACAACAGGCAUCACCAGAAUAUCUCACUUCCCCUCAAGAGUUCUCACCAGCCUUAGUGUCCUACACUUCAUCACUUCCAGCUCAGGUUGGAACCAUAAUGGACUCCUCUUAUAGUGCCAAUAGGUCAGUUGCUGAUAAAGAGGCAGUUGCAAAUAUUACAAAUCAGAAGAACAUCAGUAACCCACCUGAUAUGUCAGGGUGGAAUCCUUUUGGAGAGGAUAAUUUCUCAAAGUUAACAGAAGAGGAACUGUUGGACAGAGAAUUUGACCUUCUAAGAUCAAACAGGCUCGAGGAGAGAGCAUCCUCAGAUAAGAAUGUAGAGCCACUUUCUGCUCCACAUAACCAUCCUCCAGAAGAUCCUUUUGGUUCUGUUCCUUUCAUUUUUCACUCAGGUUCUCCUGAAAAGAAAGUUGAACAUUCAUCCAUGAAUCAAGAAAAUAGCACUGAAAACCCUAUCAAGAGUACAAAAGCAAGCCCAGUAUCUAAAGACCACCGGACUGGCAAGAAAACCUCAGAGAGUUCAUCAGUACACGGUCAAGCGCAAAAGGGGAAUGACGAAUCUGAGAGUGAUUUUGAAUCAGAUCCCCCUUCUCCUAAGAGCAGCGAAGAGGAAGAGCAAGAGGACGACGAAGGUCUUCAGGGAGAACAAGGAGAUUUUAACGACGACGAUACUGAGCCGGAAAAUCUGGGUCACAGGCCUCUGCUUAUGGAUUCUGAAGAUGAGGAGGAAGAAGAGAAACACAGCUCCGACUCGGAUUACGAGCAGGCCAAAGGCAAGUAUAGCGACGCCAGCGCGGUCUACAGAGACACACCUGGCAGCGGAGCGAUCCAGGAUCCUAGUGCAGCAGGCCUCCCGCCCACCCAGUUGCCCUCGGACGUCGGGGCGGGCACUCCCAGACCGGAGUUCGAUGUCUUUGGCGCCGUCCCCUUCUUUGCUGCGCGUGCCCAACAGCCCCGCCAAGGGGAGCCGGAGAAGGACCCCUCCCCCGAGAGCCGGCUCCCCGCCGUGGGGCUGGAGCCCGAGGAGUUCGAUGUCUUCACCAAGGCGCCCUUCAGCAAGAAGGUGCCCGUGCCCGACGCACCUGCGCUCCCCUCUCGUCCGCAGUGUGUGGAUGUAUUUGGCUCCGCUCCGUUCCAGCCCUUGCCCACAUCAGCAAGUAAAAGCGGCAGCAACGAGGACCUUUUUGGGCUGGUGCCCUUUGAGGAGAUAGCCGGCAGCCAGCCGCAGAAAGUCAAGCAGCGCAGCUUGCAGAAACUCUCUUCCCGCCAGAGGCGCACGAAGCAGGAGGCGGCCAAGAGUAACGGGAAGCGGCACCACGGCACGCCCACCGGCGCCAGAAAGCCGGCCAAGCCCGCCUACCGCACCCCAGAGAGGGCCCGCAGGCACAAGAGGGUGGGCCGCCGGGACUCCCAGAGCAGCAAUGAAUUUCUGACCAUCUCGGACUCCAAGGAGAACAUCAGCGUUGCCCUGACCGACGGGAAGGACAGAGGGCACGUCCUGCAAGCCGAUGAGGGUCUGUUGGACCCCUUCGGGGCCAAGCCGUUCCACCCUCCGGACCUGCCGUGGCACCCCCCGCAUCAGGGCCUGAGCGACAUCCGUGCCGACCACAACCCCGUCCUGCCCGGGAGGCCCAGGCCGAAUUCACUCCACGGGUCGUUCCCCGGGGCAGAUGCGUUGAAAAUGGAUGAUUUUGGUGCCGUGCCCUUUACAGAACUCGUGGUGCAAAGCGUCACCUCACAUCAGUCCCAACAGGCCCAGCCAGUCGAAUUGGACCCAUUCGGUGCUGCUCCGUUUCCUUCUAAACAGUAG